GCGCCCGGCGCUAUUAGCGCUAGGCUGUUGUUGACCUUGUUGAGGGUGGUUGUGUUGCGGGUAAAUCUUGUCUGUUGUUGCGGCAGAAAUGUCGUCAGUUCGUGAGUGGAGGAAGUUCAUCGGCGGGAGGCUGAAUGGAGCUUUUGAGGGACUCUUCACAGAGUUUGAAACUAAAAUGGAGACAGAAGUGGAGCGUCAGCGCAGACUGCUGGGAACCAUCCGGAGCCCCGAAAUACAGCUGCACAGGAUAGACCAGCAGUGUGUCUGUAAGAAGAAGGAGGAGGAGGAGUUUCUCUCUAUCCAGGAGAAGAAUGCCAAUCUGAACCAGGAGGAUCAGAAAACUUCACAGAUUAAAGAAGAGCAGGAGGAACUGUGCAUUAGUCAGGAAGGAGAGCAGCUUAUACUGAAGCAGGAGAGCAAUAUGUUCAUGGUGACCCCUAUUUAUGAGGACAGUGACAAGUUUCUCUCUUGUUCUGUACCUGAGAGUCAAGAACAGGAAGGCAUCAAGCAUGAAAACUCAGGGACACCCUUAAAAAUGGAGCCAAAACCAAAGAAGAUCUGUCUCAACACAACUCAGAGUAACAACGCAGACACUGAUGAAAACACAGAAGUCUUUAAGAACGAUUUACAAAUGAACGAAAUGUGUGGUAAAAGUAAAAGACACACUAAUAAUAAUAAUACAGAUGAGACUUACUCCUGCAGCUCCUGCGGGGAGAAAUUUAAACACGAACUUACACUUGAAGAGCACUUAAAAAUCCACACAGAUGGCGGGCCAUAUUCCUGCACGACAUGUGGGAAAGUUUUCAGGUACAGCGCUUCCUUCAAACUCCACAUAAAAACCCACACAGACGAGAGGCCGUGUUUCUGUGAGAAAUGCGGCAAAACGUUCAGAAGAAGCGAUAAAUUGUUGCUCCACAUGAGGACGCACACGGGUGAAAAGCCAUACCUCUGCAUUACCUGCGGGAAAAGCUUUAACGACCCGUCAGCGUUCAGAAGGCACACGGCAAUCCACACGGGCGAGAAGCGGCAUUGUUGCAAAACCUGCGGUAAACGUUUUGCGCAUAGUAACAGUUUUUUGCGCCACAUGAGAACCCACACAGGUGAGAGGCCUUACCUCUGUAACACCUGCGGGAAUAGAUUUGUCAACGCAUCGAAGCUUAAGAGGCACAUGAGGACGCACACGGACGAGAAGCCGCACCUCUGUAACACCUGCGGGAAAAGCUUCAUUCGCCUUUCGAGGUUGACGAGUCACAUAAGGACUCACACGGGCGAGAAGCCGUACUCCUGCAAAAUAUGUCAAAAGGACUUCGCCUAUACCACGUCAUUGAAAGUCCACAUGAGAGUCCAUACAGGCGAGAGACCGUAUUGUUGCGAGAAAUGCGGGAAAAAUUUCAGCCAGGCUGGGAGUUUAACCUCCCAUAUGAGAACUCACACAGGUACAAAGUCCUGAAACACCUGUGAGGAGAGAAUAUCAGUUCAAGUUUUGGUUUAAAAAAUGAUUGUGUAACUUUAUGGUGUGCUACACUGUGCAGCCUUUAGAUUCAAUACUGAUGCUGUGCAUAUGUGGUGACUCCAUGUACAUUGGAAAUUUUUGUGUCAACUGUUACAAGAAACAGGAGUGAGAUGCAUCCACAGACUGUAUAAAAUCUGGGUUCAAGGUCUGAAACGUGAAGGCUGCAGACUUUUUAAUGGCCAGCAGGAGGCGACACCUCUGGUUGUAUAGAAGUCUGUGGGAAAACACACCUACAUCUGAUUUAUCAUCUCAGCAAACCACUUCCUGAUGAGUUUUUGGGCUCAAACGCUGGUUUUAGGUCAUAUUUAUUAAAACGUGAAGUACAUUUUGGAAAUUAUGGUCUGUAUUAGAGGCAGAUGAGGAUAAGCAGGGUACGCUUAUCUAACAUCCUGUGCAGAAGCUGUCCAACCUCACUCAUCAUAGAGAGGGAGACAGAUAGGGAGCGCUUAAAUUCGGUAAGAGAAUAUUGGUUUGCAUUCUCAUAUGCUCGCUUAUUCAAUAUAUUUCUGCAUUAUCUUUGGGCUUCAUGUAAUAUGUGUGGUGAUUAAUAAAUGGUUAAGAACAAAAGUGAAAGCCUGACCUUUGACUUCUUUUAUCAACCAAUCCGGGGGGAACCGGAGGAAAGGAUCCCGAUUUCCCAACACAGUCAUUUGUGACGGAG